UUGAAAUAAAUAUACCCAGCUAUUUUGUGGCUCCAAACUACAAUUGUGCCAGGAUGUUGAUUGUGCAGCUGCUUCUGAAUGUAGUCUGAAGGCUUCCAGUGUGCUGGUGAGCAUUGAUCAGGACACAAGGGCAUUCAGUAACCAGGAAAAUGACUGGCUUUCUUGAGGAAGAAACAAAGGAGAAACCUGUAUUUCUUGCAUAGCUGGAAGGCAAAGCAAUACAAACUUGACACCUGGUUAACUUAAACAUUUUUCAAAACACCGCUUGGCUGUGUGGAUCUUGUAACUCUGACACAAACGUGCCUUUGGACCUGUGCAAAUAAAUCGUUGGAAGAAUUGAUUGGACAAAGCAGUCAUUGAAAGAGUGGUUGUUGAAGAACCAUGACGAAGCACUUGGAGAUCAUCAAUUUGUCAUUUUUGUUGGAACAUGAAAGGGAAACAAUAUUGGGAGUAUUGAAGAGAGAUGAGUAUCUGAAAAAAAUUGAAGAUAAAAGGAUAAGGAAAUUGAAAAAUGAGCUUCUGGAAGUGAGAAGGAAAGGUGGGAACCAUCAUUGUCAACAGGACAACAGCAGGGUCUGUGUUCGCUGUCAGAAAAGCCUGGGCUUAAUCUUCGACAGAGGAGACCUGUGCCAGACCUGCAAACUUCGAGUUUGCAAUAAGUGUCGUGUUGUGGGAACUGAUGGGCAGUGGAAAUGCUCGGUGUGUGCCAAGAUUGCACAGCUACGGAUAGUGACAGGAGAAUGGUUUUUUGAAGAGAGAGCAAAGCGCUUCAAACAAUCAAAUGUUCUUGGAACCGAUGUUGUCAGACAGUCCAUCCUACGCAAAUUCCCAGAUACAGUUUCCAGUAAGGAUGAAGGAAGAACAUUUAAAGAUCAGCCCCAAGAGAAUGAAGAAAAAAGGCCAGAUGUAACAGUCUCCUCCACAAAUGGGCAUAAAUCAGUCUUCAGCAGACCCAGAAAAAUAGGGAAGGUAAUGAGGUUGGUUACCAAAGGAGAAAUUACAAAUGCAAAAGAUGAAGGUAAAAGGAACACAGGCUCAGAAGCUGAAACCCAAAGCCUGCACAGUGGCAAGUCAACCCCUUGCUCUGAGAGAGGGAGCACUCUUUCGCUGAACAGCAGCGAUGCAGAGACCACUGCAGGCCAUCUGAAAGGGGCCGUGGCCCCUGUGAACAGAGGCAAUGUUUCCAUAUCUUCUCUCCCGAGGUCUCUGGCCCACAGCACGCACAGCAUGACUGCAGAUUAUAGCAGGGAUGCUGGCUUAGAAAAUGGCAUGAUUAUUCCAGCAAGUGAAAGUGUACCUGAAGAUUUAGUAAAGAAGCACUGUAGGAAAGCAUCUGGAACACCUUCCAUUGCAGUUUCUAAGGUAUCUUUGUCAUCAGAUCGUAGCCGAUCUGAGAUAGAUUUGAGUGAAUCUUUCUCUGAAGGAAAUGAGGAUACUCUGAGCAUACGAAGCAAAUCUGUACCUAGUGCCUUAGAUCAGGACCUGGAUUAUCUGGAUGAAACAGAAGAAGAUAUUGAUGACAUAGUGGCCUCUCGUUAUUCAAGGAAACACGGACAUUUGACAAGUGGAUUACCAACAAGCUCCCCAGAAGGCUCUGACAGAAAAUGGACAUAUUUAAAUGUGCCUGAAACAGACGGUGAUACUACUAGCAUUAACAGCAUGCUGAGUGUAUAUAGUGAAACUGGUGACUAUGGCAACGUGAAGGUCAGCGGUGAAAUCCUUCUCAACAUCAGCUACAGCUACAAAACAGGUGCCCUCAACAUCCUGGUAAAAAGUUGCAGAAACCUGGCCGUUGCAGAUGAGAAGAAGCAAAGGACUGAUCCAUAUGUCAAAGCAUACCUUCUGCCUGAUACAUCCCGCCAAAGUAAACGCAAGACCAAAAUUAAAAGUAACACCACCAAUCCAGAAUUUAAUGAAACGCUGAAGUAUGUCAUCAGUCACACACAGCUAGAAACCAGGACCCUGCAGCUUUCUGUCUGGCACUAUGACAGAUUUGGACACAACAGCUUCCUUGGGGAGGUGGAAAUUCCAUUCGAUUCCUGGAACUUCGAAAAUCAGGGUGAUGAGUGGUUUGUGCUCCAGCCCAAGGUGGCGGCGGCAACAGAUGUUGGGCUUCAAUAUAAAGGAGAACUGACAGUUGUUUUACGUUACAUUCCCCCAGACAGAAACCUAAUGCUUCCUCUAGGGCAGUUUCAAGGAAAGAAGAUCUUUAAAAAAGGAAAAAAGGGAGACUCUCACAUGCCAUCUGGAGGUAUAUUAGAAGUCCUCAUCAAAGAAGCAAAGAAUUUAACAGCAGUGAAAUCGGGAGGCACAUCUGACACUUUUGUGAAAGGAUACCUUCUUCCAGAUGACAGCAAAGCUACAAAACACAAAACUCCUGUAAUAAAGAAGAGCGUGAACCCCCAGUGGAAUCAUACCUUUGCUUUCAGUGGCUUGAAUUCAAGGGAUAUACAUAAUGUCUGCCUAGAACUGACUGUGUGGGACAAGGAGUCGCUCUCCAGUAAUAUUUUUUUGGGAGGUGUCCGUCUGAGCACUGGAAAUGGUGUAAGUAAUGGCAAGGAGGUUGACUGGAUGGACUCUCAAGGGGAAGAACAGCACCUCUGGCAGAAGAUGAUUGACAGUCCUGGAGCUCCUGUGGAGGGGAUAUUAAUGCUGAGAUCCAGCAUGGGAAAACGCAACUUCUGAAAGACUUUAACCACUGCGGGGUACCACAGGUACUCCUGACCUCGGUGGUGUUCAGGCUUUUGUCGCUUUGCCCAUUUGAAAGUGGGGAAGGGUUGUACUCUUUGCCUUGGAUAUUAAGGCUCCGAGUGAGAUUUCAACGCAUUCUGCACUUUCAUGCACACGUUUUUAAGCCAGGCUUCUUGUACGGAUUUUGUUUCUCCUGAAACCAGUGAGAAUUUGACCUUGUACUGAGAUCUGACUGGCUUUCUCUGUCCCUUCUGGUGACUGGUGUGUAUCUGAUGAACAGCACUGCCUGUGGGGGGCAUGGACUGAGCAAAUUGUCUAGUUAGUCAUUUAGUAAGUAAUGCCUGGUUUACAUAUCUCCUUCUGGGUCAAAGAUGGCCUAGAAGACAGCAGUGAUACAGUACAAGCAGAUUCAGAGUGAGUCUGUGCUUUGGUAUUUGGAAGAUAAGAAGCCAUAAAGUUAUGAAGGGUAAUGAACAAUGGUUUUUUUAUCAUGUUUGCUGGUUGGGCUGUGCAGCGUGCAGGACAGUAGGUUUGGGACCAAGCAGCCCACCAAGGAAGGCCAUUGCACUGUGGUGCACGCUAGAAAUAGGCAGCAGGUGAGCUGGUGUACAGUGCUGGUGUUCUGGCACUCCCUGGGUUAUUUUAAUGCACUGUAUAAAAGGAAGACUUGGUUGAACAUAAUCAAAGAGCCUCUAUUGAAUAUAAAUUGGAACAGUUCCCCAAACAGUUUCCAGAAUUACAUGGUAUUACUGUGUUCUUCAUUCAGCUGACAGCUCUAGCCAGGAUCUUCUGAUGUCAUUGAACAGAGGGAAUAUGUUGACAUGCCUGUCCCCAUCUGAUGAAUCGCCGAGAUGAGACACGUACUGGGUUUGGACAUAGUUAGCUAAGACCUGGAUUCAAAAGAUCAUGUAGUAAAGCGACAUGAUUAAAGCACAUAUCAGAAUGAUUUGCACAGCUGUGGAAUUUUCUCUGAAUAGCCUCAGAUCCCAUUCAGGCAUGCCCACGCAUGUCAAUUAUUAAUCAGGGUAGGACUUUUUCCUCCUGAACAUCCUCCUAUGAGUUAACAGUGGAUUUAAUGAUAAGAGUGGGGUUUGGCCAAUUCAACCAUUAAUAUUAUUAACCAUGACAAUUAUUCAACAGUAGUUUUGCUAUUGAGUUUCCUAAAGUAAUUUUGUACCUGCUUAGAUCCCCCAUCCUUUGGGGACUUACGCAGGUUGCAUGUGAAGAGCAUGCUGUUUUGAAUAGUUGUUGUGGGCUACUUCUACCAUGAUGAGAUAGGAGUAUAAUCUUUUUUUCAAGGACAGCACAUGUCUGCUUGUGAGAUUGGAUAAUAAUAUAAUUGCAUGGCAUGUGAUUGCUCAGGGUGUAAGACAAAAGACGAUCAGUAAACUGAGUGAACAACAUUUCUUCUGAAUUUUACCAGAAUGAGAACACAGCUUCCUACUUCAACAGGUAAAUUUGCCUAUAGCUAUUCUUAUCUUUUUAAUUUGUUUCCCAAAUGCUUUAUUUUUGGAAGCAAUGUAGUAUUAGUAUUGAGGAAACAAACUGAAAUAUAUGGAAACAUAACUUACCUAUAUUACUAGAAAAACCCCAAACAUUCAAAGAAUGCAUCAUUCCCUGUAGAUCAAAACACUAGUAUUCAAAGAUUUCUGUGAAGAAUAAAGACCAUAAAAUCUAACUUGAGAGAUACAAAUGUUGUUUUUCAGAAUCCAAAAGUUACAAGAAAUCUAGAUUGAACAACAGAAUAUGAACUGAUAGCUAAGUAACUACAGCAAGUAGUCCUAGUGUACAGUUACGUACAUGUAUUUAAAGCUGAAUCCAGACCCUUAAAUUUUAAUGUUCAUUCCUUUUUUUAAAAAAAAUAUUUUACCUUGGUUUUGGUUUGAGUGGCUUGAAAUGGCGGGGAAGUUUACAAGCAGUCUUUUAAAAUCCUAAUAUUAUUAGAUUAAAAAAAAUAUUUAUUUUUGUUAAAAAUAUCAUCUUAGUUUUAAGAUAACAAUUUGUUUCAUUAGGAAUAUUUUCUUUUAAAAUUCUGAUAUGACUUCCAAAGUCCUUGGAGGCACUGCUUGCCCAGUUAGACACCCACAAUUUUCAGAAAUCACCAAGUCAUCUUUGAAAAUAAAAUUCCCUUAUAGAAUCUUAGUUUGGGUACCAAAAGUAAGCAGCUGCUUAAGAAAACAGACUACUUCAUUUUCCUCCUUUAUCUGUUCUUCAUUUUCCUCUGAAGUCCUGCUCCAAUUGGGCAGUGAAGCGAGUCUAGUCUAGUUUUAGCUGGCUUUUCAUUUUAUGCUGCAGAUGCUGUAAGCUGAUAAAUUAGAGCACAAACAUCAAGGACAUACAUUUUAUGACUUUUUUCUUAUCAUGAUAGCUGUUCUUUUAGAUUUUUUUUUUUUUUUUUGUAUCAGCAUCCUCCAAAGGGAAACCAAGCCUAACUUUUGGCACCUAAACUACCUCUCUCUUUGACAGAAUUGAUCUGAGUUGUCUUGGCUGUUUGUACGGCAAACCUGUGUUUGUUUUGGGAAUAAUAAUAUUAUAUUGACAUGGAGGCACAAGCUUGAUUUUUCACUUGCUGGAAUUUGAUUCAAAAAGAUAAAACUUGUUAAAUCUAAAGAAAAUUAUUCUUCAGGGUGAAAUUCCAGCUAGAGUUGUAGAGAAACACUGGGCAGUGGAUGGUUUUGUUUUGUUUUGUUUCAUUUUGAUGGUGAAAAUCAAAAAAUAACACCACCACAAAAAAUCUGCCAAGUUGGACCCCAGAAUGGACACCCAUUUCUCUUGCCAAAUUGAAAAACUUAAAAUAAAUUUGAACCAAACUAGACCUUUUACAUGGAGUAGAAGAGUGUGUCUAAUUUUUGGAUGGUAUUUUCUAACCUGCUAAGCAUGAACAUUUUGACUAAAUCAAGUCUUGCUUUGAAAGGAAAAAGACUGUGCUUUACUACUUCAGCUUCUGCUCAUUUUGGUCCUAUGGUAGAGUUUGUGAUGAACGGACUCAUGUGGGAAGCGUCACCCAUCUCAAACAUGGGCUUAAAGUUCUGCCUCUCCCUCCCAAAGGGACCAAAUUUCACUCUGAGCCUGCGCCUGAAAUUAUAGAUGGAGCUAUGAGUAGACUGUGUCAACUGCAGUUCAGCAUAGGAAAGGAACAAUUUCACCUGGGAAUUAAUUUCGGCAACGGCAGUGGUGUUUGCUUUCGAUGGGAUUUGGAGUAGUACAGUGAAAUUACUUCCUAGGUUGGCAGUGACAAUUCUGCAUUAUGGUAGCAUAUAAUAGGUAUCACUCUGCCUCGAGCGAGCCUCAGAGAGAUGAUGAGCAUCAUAUAAACGCUAGAGCAAUUUGGAAAGCUUUGCUGUUCUAUGAUGUUAUCGGCACAUUUGUAGGAAGCAUUUGAUUUGUGGAAAAUGUCACAUUUAAUUAUAUCUCACAUCUUUGUUCUCUUCCUUUACAAAAAUGAUUUAUGGCUUGGAAAAAGCACAAGAUGAUUGACUGCAGAUGUGAUUUCUUGUUUCCCAGAUAUUGAAUUAAUUGCCUAUAAUUGUGUGUCAUCACGUACUGUGUGUUACCAGGCUGAACAAAAAGAUAGAAAGCCAGGACUUAGGCAGCUAAAGCCUUCCUUUUUGUAUGUAUGUUUAUGGCACUGAAGGUGCAUGAAUGGUUUAUUCAAGGCUAAUUUUUAGGAGAAAAUAGCCACAAUUUUAACAUUGAUUCAGAGACUCCUGCCCUGAGUAAAUACGCACAGCAGAGCUAUUGUUUCUGAAGUAUUUUUCCACACAGACUUGAAUAAUUGUAGAUGUGUUAGUGGAGAACGGAACUUUCUCUACGGUGGUUUUUGAAAAUGUGUUGCACAAUGCAUUUUACUCUGAUACGUAUUUUUCUAGCAAGGUAACUACAGGUCUUUCAUCACUACCUUUUCCCCCUUGUGAUUAGAUUUUGAGGGUUUGACCCAAUAAAGAAGAAUAAAAGCGCAACUUUUGCUGUAAAACGUCAAGUGGGGCCAGUAAAUACAUCUUUAGACUGUGUGGUUAUUGCCAGUAUCCAUCAAAAACAGCUGAGGCUGAGGGCUCUCCAAGCCCUGCCAUCAGACUUUGGUAUCCAGACCUGCUCUCUGGAAGUUUCUCUGCUCAGUUUGUCAGCUAUAUGGGGACUUUGGGCUUCUAAAUGUUGGUGUCUUACUUGCGUGCUUAGAUGCCAUAAGCAGGUUAAAAUAGGUUUGAAACGGCCUCCCCAUCUCCUCCACCUCCACCAAGUUACAUUUGAGCCAGGGUAGGAGGAAAGAAGCAAAAACUCUGACGGAUACUUGCCAUCUUCCUGUGCUAAUCUAAGUGCCAUUGCCUUCCUUGAAUGCCUUUUAGAUGCCAUAUUUUGAUCUUUCUUUCCCAGCUGGAUGCUUUGGCAAAUGGUUUGAGAGAGAAGGCAUUGGAAUGGUAUGUUUUGAACAUGGUGCAUUAGACUGGGAGCUUAUUCUUUGUGCUUUUUCCAAUGCAGAUUAUGCUAAGGUAGCAUAAAAGAAGCAUUUUCAUGCAUGACUUUUUAAUUUUUCUUUUCCUGCCUGGUUAGGCCCUGCCGAGUGCAAUUACUCUAAGUUGUAUUCUGCAAAAUAUCAGCUAAACUAUAACAGCAGAGCAGCCAUUGAGCAUCCACUGGUGCUAAUUGAUAAGGAGAGGUAACAGGAGGGUUGCAUUUAGAUUGGCGUAAUUUUGGCUUCUUGAUGAACAUGCACAUUGCGCAGCUUCAGACACGUGAAGUUUGCGGUUUGCUCUGUAGGGUCAAUGAAGAAAAAGGCUGCUUGGAUCUCCUACACCUUUGAAAAAGAGCUCAGAGUCCUAUUGCCACAGCUGCCUAGUUUGUGGAUUCAUACCAGAUAGUAAGGGUUGUACCUGAACCUUUGCAAGGGUCUCUCUUCCCUUCAUCCCUCCCUUUUGUUCAGCAACCCUCACCAGAACGUUCUACCUGAAUGUUAAUCUCCUGUGUCUGGAAGGAGACAGCAUGCAGCAGUUAAGUGAUAGCCCCACUUAUUUUCAUCCAUACAAGGUAAAAGCUGAUAUUUUACUUCCCUAACGUACAGUAUUGAUUUUCAGCACUCUGCAACAACAGAAAUAACCAUCUCCUGAGAACCGGUCCAUGCAUUUUGUAAACUCUUUUUUUUAAAUAGUUUUAAAAAAUAUAUUUAUUUAUUUUUCUACACAGAAAUGUUAACAUCUGAGAACCCUAGAGAAAUGGUGGUAGAGGUAGAACAUGUGAUGAAUUCCAAAAUAGGAUGCAGACAUCUAUUUGCAGUGAUGUCUUGUACCAUAACUCAGCAGGAGAUGCUGAGAAGCAUGCUAGCAGAACCUUAGCACUGUGUUCUAUGAAUUUCCUGCCUGGUGAUUUCAUGUUUGCAAAUGCUGUUUGAUAAAUGGUAGUAAGACAGUGUUAAUUAUACUGUGUAUAUUGACACUGGAAAGUGAAUCCCAACUUGUUUUUCAGGUGUCUCUUAGGUUGUUUUGAAACUCACCCUUGCUGCAUCUUGGCCCUUUAUUUACAUUAGUUAUUUUGACAAUUCUGCUCUGUGGCAAUAACAUCUAUAUGGCUGUGUGCUACUGCUCCUGAGAGCUUGGUGUAUAUUUUUGAGGGUAGUUCUAAUUGUUGAGGUUUGCCUAAAGCCAAGUCUAAUCAUUUGUUGCAGCCAUUAGAGAAUGUCACGUAUCCCUUGUUCUGCCUUUGUUCUGCUUAAAAUCUGUUGCUAGCUAUUUAAUUAUUCUGCUGAAUGUGAACAGUAAUAGCAGUAAAUGGCAUUGCAGUAUGUUAAGUUCUGCCCAAAAGUAGAUAAAACAAAAUGUUUCCUGUCCAGAACAUUUUUGUACUGUGCACUGUAUGUUCAGUUUUGUGGACAAAGGUGGCUGGAAAUACAUUUGCAGCUGUUGUCAAGAUUACUGCUCUAUCUUUUAAAAUUAAAACAGUGAAACAUGUUGCUGUGUCCUUUUCUCUCCUAAAAUGAGUUACAGCAAACAUACAGGCAUGCCUUUCAGGAAAAUCUCAUAUUAUGUCAUUGAGGUAAAGACAUGACUUAUAUGUGAUGAAUAACACACGAGGCCUGGCGUGUCUUCAGAGGAGGGAUUCCAUUGAUGGUGUCUCUAUGCUUUUUUUUGUCUUAGUUUCCACACUUUAAGCUGUUUUAAGCUAUUUAUUUCAUAAGCAUUAAACCUGUUCUCGUUUUAACAUGCGAUUCUAAAAAUAAGGGAAAUGCAGUGUUUUCUUCCCCCUUGCUGGAGAAGUAUUUUACAUGUGCCUUAAA